AUGUUAACCCUCGAUGUUCCAAAAAAACCAGAUAAUAGAUAUAGUUUUAUAGAUGGGUCAACUCAAUUAAGAGUUUAUCAAUUACAAAAAGGUGGUUUUUAUUAUUUUUUGCCUCAAGAAUUAAUAAUUUUUAAAAGUUCAACUUCAUCAGUUUUACAUUUAAAUAAAACUUUUGAAAAAUCAAAAGUUAUUUUACCAAAUAAAUCAAAUGCACCAUCUAUAUUCUAUCAUGAUCUUUUCGAUAAUCUUAAUGGAUUAUAUGAUGAAAAUAAUCAAUUCAUAUUAAAAAUUGCAAAAUAUUAUAAUAUUCAAGGAUUUAAUAAUCAAAUAAUUUUAAAUAAUAAUAAUAAUAAUAAUAAUAAUAAUAAUAAUAAUAAUAAUAAUAAUAAUAUAAAUGAUGAUAAUAAUAAUAAUGAUAAUAAUGAUAAUAAUAAUAUAAUUAAAAAUGAAUCCUAUUAUAUGACAGACUAUAUUGAUAGUGAUGGUGAUAGUGAUGGUGAUAGUGAUGAUGAUGAUAAUAAUAAUAGUGAUUGUGACCAAAUGCAAAAUUUUAAAGAUGAAGAAUAUGAAGAUAGUGAAAGUGAAGAUAAAAUACAAUCAAUGAAUGAAAAUGAAAAGGUUAAUGUAAAUAAUAAUAAUAAAUAUAAAGAUGAAAAUAUAAAACAAAAUGGUAUACCACAACAUAGGGCAAAACUCAUUAUUUCAAGUAAAAAUUAUAAAAAUUCAUCAUCUUCAUCAUCAUCAUCAUCAUCAUCAUCAUUGCCACCAUCACCAUCACCAUCACCAUCAACAUUACAACAACCUAUUAAAACAAAAUUAAAUAAUAUUAAUGAAUUCACAAAAUUUAAUUUAAUUUCACCUGUAAAUAAAUCAAAAAUUGAAAUCAAUCAAGAAAUUGAAUCAUUAAAUUUAAGAAGAGAAUUAUUAAAACCAUUUCAAUUAGAAUUAGAAUAUAUUAAUAAAAGAUUAAUUCAAUUAGAAAAAUAUAAUAAUAAAUAA